GCCCCUACCCAGAAAGCAUGAGAAAACAUGUUCAGAUUUCCUCCACGAAUUUACUUCUAUAAUAGGCAAAUUACGUAAUUUUUACGUCCAGAAGACAGUCUAUUUUAUUCACUAGAGUAGGUAACAAAUAGAAGUGUACAUUUAUUAUCAUGGCGUGUGCAGUUGACGCACAGAAUUUGAUCUCUAUUUCUUUGCGGAAAAUGCAUAACUCCAGAACGCAGAGAGGAGGUAUCAAGCUCCACAAGAACUUGCUGGUCACAUAUGUCCUGAAAAACGCUAGAGAUUUUUACAUGAGCAUGGAGUUAGCAGAAAUGUAUAGCUGCCUACAGCAGAACGGAGAGAUGAGGACUGUCUGUGAUGAAAAGCAGGACUCUUUUGAAAUGACCGGGAACUGUGAGGAUCUAGCUGGUGAGUUUUGCUGCAACUACACAGGGGAUGUGUUGGACACUUACCACUGCGCAGCGCCACAAUCGACUUGCCACCCAGCAAUGGUGCCCGAUGCGCACAUCCAAACGGCACCUGCCUGUUUCAUGGCUUCUGUCUAUCAAUGUGACCCUAACCUCAAGUCCUCGGGGGUCUGCUGGGACUGUUAUGCGGAACCUUACACAGCCAACCGGGACAUUCCUGUCUCAAACACACACAACCAAAAGACUGUAUUGGACUUGGACACACAUGUGGUGACUACUGUCGAGAAUGGAUAUCUCCCCCCAGACUACUGCGUGUCAUUAAAACAACAUGGUCAGGGCCCGCAAAGUUCUCAUAAGAAACGAAAAAUGGAUUCAAGUGAUGCUUCUGAUUCCGAUUAUCUGUCAGACUGUGUGCCCAUGUCAUGCAAACGCAUUAGGUCUGAUGACGCUUCUUGUUGUAAUUCUGAACAACUGGACACACCGAACAUCUCCAACCUCAUGUCAGUGUUAGGCUCGGGGUUUACUGAGCUGUUGAACUGGCAAACGGACGUGGAACAGGUAGUAAACGGACAAACAAACUGUUGUAAACAAGCACUGGCGGGCAGCGGUGCAUGGACUAGAGCAAUCGAGGCUUUUUGAUUGACACACGUUACAUUUUUCUACAAACCAUUGGUGGUCUCAAAAAAAUACACAAUUGAUAUACUUAACACUGUUCUGCUCUUUUUCAAUUUAAAAGCUGUUGAACUCAAUUUAAAUGGUACUUUCGUGAGAGGGCUCGCGCAAUAUGUGCGAUGACCUAUGUUAACCAUGGAUUGCUGAUGCUAUGUAUGCCUAUUGGCCAUUUAGAGGCUAUGAAGCCACGGGCCGGACAUAUUGGCAUUCCCCAGUACGUGCAGUCCUCGGUAGCAAUGAAUGGAAUUUCACAGCAUUUCAUUUAAAUGUUUCAAGGGAACAAUUAAAUGUAUGUAAGUAUUUGUGUCGUUUUAUUGGGGACAGUAACAUUAGUAAUGUCCAAAAAUAUAUACUUUAAGGAUUUUUAAAAAACAUAUUUUUUACAUUUUGAAUGUGUAUCUUACAUUAACGUGUCUGUAAUAAAAUACAUGUAGCAAACGAAUGUGGGCAAUAAAUGCAUUUAUAUAGCUUCCAAAA